CGCAGAUUAAAGUCAGUCUGUGAGAAUUCGUUGAGAGGUGUCGGACGUGGUAGUCGCGGUGCAACCUAAAAAUUAGUGUAGAAUAUUUUCGAUAAGUGAUUUUGAAAGAUACUUUGCCUUUAACUGAUGAAAAGUGUGAAACAAAAGCGCAGACGGUUGUAUGUAAAUACAUAAAUAAGACAAAAGUUCAUUGUUCGCAAUCGGUACUGUAAAGAAGUUAAUACACGAUUAAAAGAAAAACUACAAACCAUAUUCUUAUCAACCCAAAUACGCGCGCGAAAUAUUAGCAGCCUCACUCGUCUGCAUCCUUCCAUGCAUGUCUAUGUGUACUAAAAUACAUAAACAGUGCUGUAUUUACAAAUACGUAUUCGGAAGUGUUUGCUGAUGAAAAAUUUCAAAAACAAUUCGGGGCGCUAUACUCGUAGACUUUCACUAAAGUAGUAAUAAAAUAUAGAUUGAAUUAUGCCUUAAAAAUAGCAGCAUAUGUACAUACGUUACUAUUUACCGGUCUAUAGCGAUAAGACGCGUUAAAUUUCUAGGCACUUCACGAAUAAAUAGUUAUAGAUCUUUAAAUAAGUUCAAAAGUCGAAAAACAAAAUCGGCUGCCUGAAAUGUCAACGCCUAAUAUAAACUUUGGACUGUUCUCUGCGAUCGAAGUUAAUAAUAGCACAAACUGUAUGAAAACUCUGAGUGACAGCGAUAUUAGCUGUAGCAAGAGCAACCGAAGCAGCAGUAGCCUAAGUAAAGCAAUGAACAGUGGAGAAGUUGCUCAACAUGACAUCAUAACAAUGAGCACUUUGAAAAGGGAGCAGCCACAGACAAAUGAAUGCACAAAUCACAGCAAUAUAAGCGUCGACAAGAUGCAGUCGCCGAAAACAAUUAGUGAAAUACCGGCUACAGCAACAAAAUCAACCGGAUUUAGUGCGGCAAUACAAAGGCUUAUAACACCAGCACCGGAUUACAAGUAUGGGAGCGAUGAAGCGCAUUGUUCGGCAGGCAGGCCAUUGAAUGUAAAAAUUUCAAAGGACUCAAAGGUUGAAUACGAGUUUGCUGAAACCCGCAAUGCAACGCUUUCGAAUACGACGAUUGCUACACCAAGUGGCAUCAUUCAACCCUCUCAACACAAAAAUGUCCCCCCGCUGACAGUCACUACGUCCAAAUCGUUGGCACAUGAUCACCAAAGACAAAUUAAAUCACUAAAUAUACGUUUUGAGAAUAUUUGCUACGGUGUUAAGACUGGAUUCUACAAAAGAGAACAUAAGCAAAUACUUAAUGGCCUGACAGGAGAAUUUCGAGCGGGUGAGCUGAGUGCAGUCGUAGGUCCCUCUGGCGCCGGAAAGAGUACGCUGCUCAAUAUACUAUCCUCAUAUAAGCUUUACGGCUUCUCUGGUGAUAUAAAAAUCAAUGGAAAUUUGCGUGAUGUAAAAACAUUCAAGCCUAAUGUCGCCUUCCUAUCCCAAGACACCACUCUGCAGCCAUUCCUGACGGUCAAGGAGGCAAUGCAUUUUGCAGCGAAUUUGAAACUUGGACCAAAGGUUACGAGGACGGAGAAACAAGAACAAGUGCGAAAAAUACUGAAAGACAUGGGUUUACUUGAGUCUCUAUGCACUAGAACGGGUGAUCUAUCUGGCGGUCAAAAGAAGCGUUUAGCGAUUUCUUUAGAACUGGUAAAUAAUCCUCCGGUUUUAAUACUAGAUGAGCCAACCAGGUGCGUAAAGAAAUUUUAAGUUACCACAUAUCGCUCAUUUACUUCAAUAGUGCCACAACUCAAAAAAGCGAAACUCGAGAAAAGCGGCUUUAAAGUUUUGAAUUUACACAUCGUCAAUAUAAUUAACUAAUUCACAACGGCCCUAACGAAC